GAGGUUAUGAAACCUUGUUGAAAAGUUUAUAUUUUUCAGAGCUUCUGGUGGAGUAUUCUGGGAUCUUCUUAUAUCGUUCGCUAAAUUUCGAGACAGUGGUCCAGUGCACCAUCAUCUAGGUCGCAUUCUUUACAACGGGGUGGUUCCUCUUUUGAUCGGCCACCAGCGAAUGAUCUUACAGCCCCGAGAAAUGUUAGCCUCGACGGACGUGCAAGUUUCUUCCGACCUUUUGAACAAAGCACUGAUCCGACGCACCGGAGACCAGUGAUGACAAAAGAAUCUUCGAAAAGUGGAUAUCAAAGUGAAGGUGAGGAAAGUCGGAGCGGAGAUAAUACCCGUAGGAGGACGGGGUCAGAGGCCAGAGGUAAGAGAAAGAAUAGUGGUCAUUAUACUGAUGGAAGUAUGGGUAGCGGUAAGGGUACCGAUCGUACCACUAGAGGUAGAAAAUUGCAUAGUGGAGACCCAAGAUUGGAAAAUAGUUCGGAUCGGAAUCCGAGUCUAGUUUCACGAACAUCUUCAACGUCGUCCACCGGUUCCACAACUUUGAAUAAGAUGAUGCCAGGCGGUGAUUUCGAUGAAAAUGACUAUUACCCUAACGAUUUCCAACAAAUGAGCAUUGCACUCUCAGCACAGAAGGGUAAAAAUUCGGACCAGAGGCGAAGGGAUAGAUCAGAAAGUCGUCCGAGAAAGUAUACAAGAGAUGGAAGUGUAGCCAGCCAUAGAGCCCCUAGCACCAAAUCAUUUUCUUCUGGCGGAAGUUACAUCACGGCUGACGAUGGCCUGGGGGUUAAGACUAAUAAAACCAUGGCAAAACGGCCGAGCUUCCAGGAGAUCGAUCAAUCUCAAAUAUCCUUGGGAAAGUCGGCACUUUUAUUAGAGCCUGAUGGAUCGGUGGCGAAACCAAAAAGCGAACAAAAGCCAGUCAGAGUGCCACCGCAAGGGGAAAAUUCCGAGACACAUGUGAAUCGGCACCCACUCAAUAACGGAAAUGAGAUUAAGCAGGUACCAAGAACAAGAACUCUCGGUGCUGAAACCCUCCCACAACCUCCACUGCGUCCAAAUCAAGACUAUGGAAAAUGGGGUUCUUUCGGCGGCCCUGAAAGACACACUGCGAGCAAUCAAAGCCAGUCAUUCAACCCACAUAGAGAGCGAGAAUAUCCGCAACAGCCGAAACAUGCUCGUAGAAAUGCAAGCCCAGCAAGCAGCAACACACAUACAGGGUUUUCAAAACCCCCAGAGAAAUACAUCCCGAAACAUUUCAAUGAAAUCGUUGGACCGCCAGAGAAGGAGAGGACGAAGAAGACGAAGAAGAAGAAGAAGAAGAGGGGGGAGGGAGAGGAGGAGGAGGGGGGGGAGAGGCGACAUAGUAGAUUCAGAAAUGUUUUUAGUAUGUGGGGUCGUAAGAAUCGGUCUGACAAAAAUAGAUAGGAGGAGGGUUCAGCAGAUCUUGGAUAUUCCUUCACUUUUGUUAUUACCAUCUCGUCUAAUUAGUAAGGUACGUUUUGAGCGAUCGGGGGAUCUCUUAGCAUGUUUGAUAUAUUUGGUUCAUUUUUCAUAGAUUAAUCGUGGGACUUAUUGUGCUCUUCCCAUCUCACAUUGGGACUUUGUGCCUUCUGUUCUAUAGUACAAAUAAUUACAGAGCGAGUAGAUAAAAAUUUCUGGUCAGGUUCCGUUGGACAGCUUCGAAAUUUCUAGAGUUUACAAAGUGGCACAGCACAAACUGAUGAGUCGUAGACACACACAUACUGCACUAUUACUGAGAGUAUGCUCGCUUGUGCAAUAGGAGAACACGACGAGCUCCCCGCUUAGAAUUUAGAGAAGACGAUUUUUGUAAGCA